AUGGAUAAAAUAUUAUUAUUUGUCAAAUUGUUAUCAUUUAAUGUGAUUGUCUUAGAUAUAUUGCUAUGCUUUAUAUAUGACAAUCGGCAGCAAAUGUUGGCCAGUUGUCCCGUCGGCACUUUCCGAAUCGGAUCAAUGCAUAGUUGUCACCAAAUGCUUGAUUGUAGUGAUUAUAAAGACAUGACUCCAGUUAUGUUCUUAAGCAGAGGUUUAGUGAAGAAUAUACACUUAGUUAAGUGGAACGACAAUUAUCUUGUUGUGUCCAAUGUUAGUGAUAAACAAUAUUUAAGUGAUUUUCACCAUAAUCUGCAAAUGUUGAAACAGUUAUCACAAAAUGCAUUGAUUGUGCAAUUGAUUGGUUGGUGUAAUAAUGAUAUGUUGUUUACUGAAUAUCACCCAAACGGUGACGCAAACAAUUUGCCGCAUAUUAUCGUCAAAAAUAGUAUACACCAUAACAUGACAUCAAUUACUCUCAAUUUGUGUGUAAAUUAUGUGAAAAUUUUAGAUUAUCUGCACAAUAGCCCAAUUGGUACUCGAGUUAUGUGUGAUUCAAAUACACUUCAGAAAACACUUUCUCAAUACUUAUUAACGGAUGAAUUAACACUUGUAUUGAAUGAUUUGGAUGCUUUGCCACAAGUGAUUAGUCGACAUAAAGGUGUUAAGUGUGGACCGAGACAACUGUUUGGCACAUUUGUAGCACCGGAACAGCUAUGGAAUAGAAGUGAUCAACUUUUUAGUAACGAUAAAAUGCGUGAAUACGAUCACAGAACUGAUAUCUGGAAAAUACCAGAUGUCUGUCAGUGGUUCCUCAAGACAUCAACACAUCUCGAUUAUCAAUCAAAGUUGCUUUGGGUUUUAAGCCAUUUAAAAGAUAUUCACAGUCAAUGUAAAAGUAUUGAUCCAAAUUUAAGACCCACAGCUAAUGAUGUGCUUAAUCACAAAAACGACUCGAAAAUGCAUCAAAAGUUAAAUUAA